UGCUUUAACACGCUCACACUUUCCUUUAUAUUCUUGACUGCUUCUAGGGUUUUCUACUUACUUUCUCUCCUCUUCGCAUACCCUAACUCCAAAAUGAGCCGACACCCUGAAGUGAAGUGGGCUGAAAGGGAGGACAAGAUAUAUCUGACUGUGCUGUUGUCAGAUGCUAAAGAUCCUAAAGUCAACGUUGACCCUGAAGGAACAUUCACUGUGUCUGCCAAGGCUGGGUCCGACAACAAUCUCUAUGAACUCAAAUUAGAUCUGCUUGAUAAAGUUAAUGUGGAGGAGAGCAAAAUAAAUAUAGGUGUGCGAAACAUAUUCUGUGUUUUGGAGAAAGAGGAGAAGAAAUGGUGGACAAAGUUAUUGCGUGGAAAUGAAAAGACACCCCACUACGUGAAAGUUGAUUGGGAUAAAUGGGUCGAUGAAGAUGAUGACACCGGUGCACCUGCUGAUCUUGAUUUGGGUGGAAUGGAUUUCUCUAAAUUUGGUGACAUGGGCGGCAUGGGAGGCAUGGGAGGUAUGGGAGGCAUGGGCGGCAUGGGAGGCAUGGGCGGUAUGGGCGGCAUGGGCGGCCUGGAAGGACUUGGAGGCAUGGGUGGCAUGGCCGGCCUGGAAGGCCUAGGCGGCAUGGGUGGCAUGGGAGGAAUGGGUGGAUUUGGAGGAAUGGGUGGUAUGGGAGAUGACUUUGAGGAUAGUGAUGACGAAGAGGUAAAGAAGCCAGAGGAGAAAGCUGCUGCUGGUAAGGCAGAGGGAGAAGCUUCAAAAGACAAGGCAGAAUCCUUAUCAAGUUCAUGAAUAUGAGCGUGUGUAAUUCCAUUUUAUGUUUUCUGCUGGGGCGUGUCUUCUGACUCAGUUUCGUAUACUUGCUUUAUGUGAAGAAAAUGGUCUGAAUUUUGUACUGAUGAGAUAUUUUUAUUGUGCUAUCUUCCCGGUCAGAACUAAUAUUUCAUUCCAAUCUGUGGUGGUAUUGUAGUACCUCUUAUUUAUCUGAAAGUUGAUUCAUUCUGAUUUCUGAGAUUUGAAAAAUUCAACGAUGGUAAUUGAG